AAUGGAACACUUGUAGCUCAGUUCGAAAACAAAUCGUUGGACAAACAGGAAUAUUGUUUUCAGCCCCUCUUGAUAGGGUCUAAUUUAAGUGUAGUGAGGAUCUCAUUGGUGCCGCAGCUUUGCGAGGUUCGAACAAAUCUCUGGCCAGCUACUGCAACCUGCUGCUCUAUGACACUUGGAAAGAGAAGCCAACUCGAUUUGCCUGCCAGCUGAAUGGUUAUGUGGGCUAUGUUGCCGCCAUGGCGGGCUUCCUUUGGCUGACUGUCAUCAGCCUUAAUCUGUGGAACGGUCUGCGGGGCAAGAAGGUCAGCUUUAUGGUCUACAGUCUGUAUGUGUGGGGCAUAGCUGCUCUCCUGACCGGAAUUGUCAUUUUAGUCGAUAAUAUUUUGGAUUCUGACAACGAUCAACAAUUAGCUUGGAUGCCGGGAGUUUCCAUUUACAAUUGUUGGCUUAAAACUGACGACUGGUCUGCAAUGCAGACCAUAAAUAGCGAGUUUGAACAAGAUAUCUUUAUAAACAAAAAAGUUGUUCAUACAAGAAUCUACUUUUCGACCGAUCGUUCCUAUGGCAGGUAUAUGAUAUAGUGGUCCGAUCUUAA